GUGACCAUAAAGAGAAAUUACUGAAGCAUGAUUUUUGUGUGAACCUCUCAACAGGAUACCAUGAAGACCCUAAACACUUUCUUCCUGCUAUUAUUGGGCAUUACUGUUGCUCAGGCUCUUGACAACAAGGCACUGUGGCAGUUCAGGGCUAUGAUCGUUUGUGUCAUGCCUGAUAGCUGGCCAGCCCUAGACUACGCAGACUACGGCUGCUACUGUGGCUACGGUGGCUCAGGAACCCCAGUUGAUGAGCUGGACAGAUGCUGUCAGGUCCAUGACCAGUGCUACAGUGAUGCCAUGCAGCAUCCAGCAUGCUGGCCAAUCCUGGACAACCCUUACACGGAAAGCUAUGCCUAUAGUUGUGACAAAUCCACCAAGAAAAUCACGUGCAAGAGCAACAACAAUGAAUGUGAGAUGUUCAUCUGCGAAUGCGACCGGAAGGCUGCUGAGUGCUUUUCUGUGUCCAAGUAUAAUGAGGAACAUAAACACCUGCCUAGUGAUCGCUGCAAAUAAUUUAUAGACAACUCACCAUGCCAAGCAGUAGAGCUAGUUAGUAUUUGCACUGGAUAGCUGGAUUCCCAUUUUAGCAUUGAACAACCUUUUAUGCCAUACUCCAAACUGUCACAGCAAUUAUUUUAUGUCCAUCCAAACCCUUCAACUGUUUCACUUAAGCUAAUAAAAAACAAGCUUAAUAAAUAAAUGGCUUACAAGCAA